UCUAGGUCUUGCACUUUUGUUUAUUUGGGUCCGAACCUGGCAGAUAGCUUCUGGCUUGUGAUAGCUCACACGUGUAUCCAUCAUGAUGUUUACAUUUUUUGAAGUAGGCAUUUAAAAAUUAACUGUGUAUAUUCAUGUGUGUAACCUAUAAGUUGUAACUAUUGAUAAAACAAAUGUGCAGUUACAUGGAUUGUCCUUAAAUUUAGUAAGUAACAUUUUCGGUGUCAGACUUUUAGAUUGUGCAAGGACAAGCCGAUAAAAACUAAACGAAGGAAAGAUUUUAUUUGUGAUCUUUACGUUUGUGGAUUUAGUCACAUCACCGUCUGUGGGGAAAUUAUCGGCAAUGAAGAUAUAAAAAACGAGGAAUACAAUAAUUAUGCAUACUUAGCGACCUACGCCAAUAGAGGAUACUAAGGAGUCUAUAGCAAUGAGAAAAUAAUUAUAAUAUGUAUCCAUUAUUGUUCAAUUUGCUUUCAAAAUUAGUGAUAUUAUAUUAGUAUUUAGUAGGUACUUAUAGAUACAUAUACAUUAUUCUUGUCUGAUAAUUAUUCACACUUGUGAAAUUAACAUUCUAAAAGAUAAGCAAUAGUACAAAAUAAUAUUUCUUACAGAGCACUUCUGAGAAGAAUAUUUAUUUUAUAUUGUUAUUGACAUUUUGAAUUGUAGAUAAAUAGUUAAAUGUAGAUAGUUAAAUUUCAAAGUAACCCUUGGACUUGCCUAGGUACAAAAUGUAUUAAAAAGAAUCUAUUUGUGAUUGUAAUAAGGUCCAUUACUAUGUAGAGUAUAAUUUGAUUCUAAUUCUACAAGUACAAAUAAAUAUAUUUGCAGAAAAACUUCAUAUCCAACACAUUACAUUACAUUAGGUACAUUAAUAUUCAGGAGCAGCCUAGCAUAAAUAUCUAAACAUGACACACGACGCCAACAUAACGAGUGCUUACACCAAAGCGUCGAUGUUGGAAUACAUAUCCCUUAGCAAAGCGUCCUCCGUGCUCUGGAGCCUCGCGCUCAGUGUCACUGUCCUCAUCGUGUUCUCAGGGGUUUUGGCGUUCAUCGCCAUUUCCUGGAUCAAAAUACCAGCCUGGCGGCAAUUCAAAAAUUACACCUUUCUCAACAUAGUCAUAUCCAUGUUUUUGAUGAACGCAGCAUACGCUAGCUGCUUUGCGGACUGGCCUUGCUGCGGCACUAUAUUGAACUUCGUUUACUCAUUGUCUAUGUCAGCGUUCUCCAACUGGGUGCUGAUCAUGUGUCUAGUUAUCUACACGAAAAUCUUAAAGGUUUUCAGUGGUGACUUACAGCACAAAUAUUAUAAAGCUAACGCUUUGACUUGGGGUUUGGCUAUUUUAGAAUCUACCUUUUCUUUAUAUUUUAAAGUGGGCACGGACGCUCCCCAUAUCUAUGUCGUACAUGCUAUGACCUAUGUCAUUACAGGCAUAUACUUGAGCAUUAUUUACGCUCUUUUAAAGCUGACUACUGUAAGGAUGGUUAGUAGCGAAAAUACUACUCAAAUAUUUAAGAUAUUCUUGUAUGUUACGAGUGCUUUCUCUAUCUUGCUUCUCGCGCAGGCUCUUUAUUACUUUCCUGAAGUAUAUGACUAUCUUUUCAUAUGUAUUUGCGGUUGUGAAAUAAUUCUGCUAAUAUCGUACUUGAGUAUGAAAUCGCACAGGGAAAUAUGGGAUGAUUACCUGAAUGGUAAAGACGAUGUUAAUUGUCAGGACUGUAACAAGAAUGUUGCGAAUAUUCGCAUUCGUAUCCAACCACAUCAAAACAACGAGAAAGACCAACCACAUCAAAACAAAGAGAAAAGACCAACCACAUCAAAACAAAGAGAAAAGAAGCAGACCUUCAUUUCAAGAGCUUGUACUGGCUGAUUGGCCGACAAUCACCUCUGACACUAACUAAUAAAAUGCUAGUGUAUAAAUGCAUUAUAAAACCCAUAUGGACAUACGGGAUUGAACUCUGGGGAACGGCCAGUAACUCAAACCUCGAAAUUCUACAAAGGUUUCAGAAUAAUGUCCUAAGGGCUGUAACAUGUGCACCAUGGUUUGCAAAAAAUACAGAGAUACAUGAAUACGUAAAGAUUUCAACAAUCAAAGAGGAAGUUAAUAGAUAUUGUGUUAAAUACAAAGAACGACUAAAAAAACAUACAAACGAACUUGCAAGGGACUUGGUAAACACCAACGACAAUCCGAGUAGGCUGAAAAGGUGGCAAAUACUGCGGCUAGACCAAAGGCACUAGAAGAUAACUUCUAUCAAAGUAUAGUAGCGGAAGCAGUUAUAAAGUUGACCCAAAAAAUUUUUGAGCUUCAUCACAUAUGUUCCUUGAGUAAUUCUAAGCAUUUCAAGCCUGGGAGGCAAUAAGAAAUGUGUGUCUACUCGGAUUUGUAAUGGAUUCAAACUUUCAACCCCUUUUUAACCCUGUUAGGGGAUGAAUUUUACAAAACGCUGAAAUUACUUUUCCUGUAUUUUAAUAAUAUCCCCAAAUACAAAGAUUCAAGUCCCGUGUUCGAAAAACCAAAUUUUUCAACUUUUUACGUUUUUCUUGUAAAAUUACUAUGAAACUGAAAAAAACAAAUAUCAGCAAUGAAUUCUACGUCUUUGGUUUAUACGAAAAUGAUACCAAACUUGCCCUAGUACCCACCAGGAUCAGAAUAGAUUUUUUUUAAAGAUGACGGGUGGCGGCCGUCUUUGUACAAACUUCAGGCUAGAAAUGCUUAGAAUUACUCAAAUAUCAGAUGUGAUGAAGCUCAUAGCUUAAUAAAAAUUGUUUGGGUCAUGUAUGGCAGCGUUACAUAACUGAUUCCAGUAAUAGAGAGAGUAUUUAAUGGAAUACCUCUCAAAACCCUCAAAAAGACAGAACAUCUGAUUAUGGCUAAAACUGCCGAUUGCAGAUAAAAAGAGAAAAAAAAAAUUCGCAUCUGCAACCGCAUUAUUUUUAACAUCCGCAUCCACAUAAAAUCGAUGCGGAGCUUAUGCGGAUGCGGAUGUCGAACAAGUCGGUAGGACGUCUUAGCGGUGGCAUAAGUGCUAGGUAAUUUCAUCAUUACCUAUUAACGAAAUCGUCUAUAUCCGGAAAAGUCGGCCAAGUUACUGUUAAUUAAAUAUAACGCACCUAUAUUUUUGUUCAAAUACUAAACUUUUAGUUAUUUCUUUCAUAAAAAUGAUUAUAAAUGAAAUAUUUGACGUUCUUAAGUACCUAAAUCUUGACUUAAGUACCUAAAUCUUAAAUCAAAAAAUCUGCAUCCACAACAUCCCUGGACUGUAAAAUUAACUUGAAAUGAAUAUUUAAUAAAAUAACGGGGUUAAUAUCGCGGACCAGCAUUUAUUGCUCUGUGGCCAUGCCAUUUGGUAUACAUAUGAAAUAUGUUGUUGUUUGAAAUGUUUCUAAAAAUAUGCAUUUCCAUUAAGUUAAAGAUAGCAAUGACCUGUAUGAAGUAGGAAAUAACAUGGUAUUUGUGUAAAUAGGAUGACAUGCAGGCGUUUCUAAAUAUAUGCGUUUCUAUUAAGUGAUAAGUAAUCAGAAAUUAUGUUUAAGCAAUAUGAAAUCAUAACAUCUUUAAAAAUAGCCACACCACAGUCACGAUUCGCGUUUAAAUGAAAAAUGUACACUUUUCGCACUUAACGUUGUGUAACUAUUUUAGGAAAUGUCCUCAUUUCAACACAGCCAGCCAUUAUAUCUAGACUCUUGAAUGUAAGCGUUACUAAGUUAUCAAAACACUAAAAAAACAAUGCGUAAACAAUUUUGACAAAAAUAUAAAUAUGUAUUUUGCUGAUUUCCUUUAAUAACUAAUAGUUCGUCUACGUAUCAAGCAACAGGACACUUGCUAAAGGGUCUAGCAGGCUAAGCGAACAAGAAGUGCCCCCAACGACGGAUUUGGUCAUUCUUUCAGGUGGUGUACUGGCAGGUCCUAAGAACUCUCUAUGCUUAAUAUCAGUCCUCGAUCUUCUUUUGUUUUCGAGUUAUUCAGGAUAAUGUAAAAUCAUCAGUGUAUCAUUGAAAGUGUCAUAUUUUGUAAACCGUUCAAGUUAGAUUAACCAAACAAAAUUAUCAUCAUCAUCAUCAUCUCAGCCAUAAGACGUCCACUGCUGAACAUAGGCCUCCCCCUUGGACCUCCAUACGUGCCGGUUGGAAGCGACCCGCAUCCAGCGUCUUCCGGCGACCUUAACAAGAUCGUCUGUCCAUCUUGUGGGUGGACGUCCUACGCUGCGCUUGCUAGUCCGUGGUCUCCACUCGAGCACUUUUCGACCCCAUCGGCCAUCUUCUCUGCGUGCAAUGUGGCCUGCCCAUUGCCACUUCAGCUUGCUAAUCCGGUGGGCUAUGUCGGUGACUUUAGUUCGUCUACGGAUCUCCUCAUUUCUGAUUCGAUCACGUAGAGAAACUCCGAGCAUAGCCCUGUCCAUAGCUCGUUGAGCGACUUUGAGUUUUGAGAUGAGGCCGAUAGUGAAAGACCACGUUUCGGAGCCGUAAGUCAUCACUGGUAACACACAUUGAUUACAACAACAACAAAAUUAUAUUUGUCAACAAUAAAAUAGACUACAAAAUGAAUAUGUUUAACCUGCAUCAUGUCCUUAUACUUCAUUAUAAAAAAAAACAUUUAAUUUUUCUUCUCAUUAUUUUUUAUACUAUUCGCGGAGAUACACCUACAAAAAAAAUAUGCAUGAGUAGCCACUAAUACCCACUAUAUGCACAUAUAAAAAUAUUUGCAUAAAUCUUCGUGCGUCAUCUCAAAAAAAAAACAUUAUCGAUUAGCCGUUUCCGAGAUCCUGGAAACGGCUCUAACGAUUUCGAUGAAAUUUGCUAUAUGGGUGUUUUCGGGGGCGAUAAAUUGAUUUAGCUAGGUAGUUAUUAUCUCUGGGAAAACGCGCAUUUUUGAGUUUUUUUAUGUUUAGAGCCGUUUCCGAGAUCCUUGUUCGAUAAUGUUUUUUUUUUUUUGACAUGACGCACGAAGAUUUAUGCAAAUAUUUUUAUAUGUGUAUAUAGUGGGUAUUAGUGGCUACUCAUACAAAUUUUUUUGUAGGUGUACCUCCGCAAAUAGUAUAAAAAAUAAUGAGAAGAAAAUUUUUUUUUUUUUAUAAUGAAGUAUAAGGACAUGAUGCAGGUUAAACAUAUUCAUUUUGUAGUCUAUUUUAUUGUUGUCAAAUAUAAUUUUGAUUGGUUAAUCUAACUUGAACGGUUUACAAAAUAUGACACUUUCAAUGAUACAUUGAUGAUUUUACAUUAUUCUGAAUAACUCGAAAACAAAAGAAGAUCGAGGACUGAUAUUAAGCAUAGAGAGUUCUUAGGACCUGCCAGUACACCACCUGAAAGAAUGACCAAAUCCGUCGUUGGGGGCACUUCUUGUUCGCUUAGCCUGCUAGACCCUUUAUAUAUUUGCAUCUUAAAGAUAAUGUUGAUGUCACUAAUUAUCGGUGUAAUAUCGGGGGUAUAGAUUAUAGAACAAAUGAUUUUCCUGUGUCUAAUAUUGAAGGUAGCACUGAUCUUAUCUUACUCUAUAUUUUUUCUCAGGGUACGACAAAUUAAAAGUACGGGGAAGCUUGAUAAUGGUGUGAUACAUAACGUACCUAAUUGUUAGAAAAUAAAUGUAUAUGUACAUAAGUAGUAAUAAAUGUAUUGAAAUA